AUGGCACAUAGAACUCCACCCCCGUUGCCUGUGGAUCUCGAUCCCUUCGUAUGGCGACUGUUGCCUCGAGACAUUUUCGAACGAAUAAUGGAGAGACUACCGUUUGAAGACAUCAUACGAUUGCGUGGAGUGUGCAAAGCGUGGAAUAGAGUAAUACUGUCGAUGCGUUCUGGUCCUUUCAACCCGAAACCAAAACAAAUACUCCUGUGCAGCCCGAGCGGAGGUGGUCUCAACCUCGUCAGCUGCAAUCUUCAAGACAACAUUCGAGAAGAAUGGACGCCAAUUCACCUCGAUCGCCUCCUCGGACCGACCGGGGGGCUUUGCUUGGUCGCUGCAGGAAUCGGAUUGCUGUGCUUCUGCACCCGAAAUGCCGGUCGAUUGAUCGUAUUCAACCCUAUAUCCAAGGCCUGCAAGCGGUUGCCUCCGGCCAUUGUGAGCAACGGAGUCAAUCCGCAAACCAUUUUCAAAAACUUGCACUGCCCGCGGGGGCAGAAUCCACAUGCAUUUUUCAAGGAUUACUCCCAAGAAUCGACGUCGAAGCUCGAUGUUCCGGACCUCACCGGGAACAUCAUGGUGACUCUGAUCACCUACAGGCAGGCGGGCGACUUUCGGGUUGUGGUUGCGGGCAAAGAAGACGCGAACCAGACUCUGCAGGUGUACGACUCCGCCACGGCGGCUUGGAGGAUGGUGAGGCAUGAAUCUAUCAAAGCCAGGCUCAGGUUUGAGUGCGAGAUGGUUUCAUGCGAUGACUCUCUGCACUUCAUCGAGGAUGACGACGGCCGGGAAUCGGGCGCGUGGCAUGUGAUCACGUACCACAUGGGCGACAACACGUGCUACGAAGUGACUCCGCCUCUGCAGUCCCUGGUCACCCGAGAGCACCAGCACGAUCAGCAUUUUCAAACCACGCAGCGGCCCCAGCUGCUGGUGAUCCACGGCCGCCUGUGGCUAAUCGUCGAAGGUUUUCUGAACUGCAGCAUUUGCUUUUGGGAGCUGGACGACGCGGGCAUCUCCUGGCGAUUGGUCAAGGAGAUUUCCAGGGAUUUGUAUUACGGCACUAUGGCUGUUUUGCACAAAUGUGUUGCUUUGCAAGGGGCCAUCUACUUGCGGGUGUUCGACGUCCUCGACGACGGAUCCGUGCAGCUGGUCAUGCUGGUUCACGACCUCUCUUCCAACACCUGGUCGUUUCUGAACGAUCCCGAGGGUUUGGACGGAAAGUAUUUUCUUUACCACAGUUUUGUGUUCGAACCCUCUCUCAACGCCAUGGCUUGA